AUGACAGUCGCCGUCGUUUACACAAAACAUUCAGAUUUUAAAUAAACUUUUAUUGAAAUAUUAUAAUGGCAGGAAAUUUUUGGCAAAGUUCACAUCACCAGCAGUGGAUAUUGGAUAAACAAGACCUAAUAAGAGAUCGUCAACAUGAUUUGGGUAUAUUGUCGGAAGAAGAAUACCAAAAAAUAUUUAACUUCUUCGCAAGCAUAAUUCAGGUUUUAGGCGAACAGCUUAAGCUUCGUCAACAAGUUAUAGCUACGGCUACGGUAUACUUCAAGAGAUUUUAUGCAAGAAACUCUUUAAAAUGUAUUGACCCGUUGCUUCUAGCACCUACAUGCGUGUUCCUUGCCUCUAAGGUCGAAGAAUUUGGUGUCAUCUCGAACUCGAGACUAAUAACUACUUGCCAGACUGUAAUCAAAAACAAGUUUAGCUAUGCUUACGGUCAACAAGAGUUUCCGUACAGGACUAACCAUAUAUUAGAAUGUGAAUUCUAUUUGUUGGAGAAUUUGGAUUGCUGUUUGAUUGUGUAUCAACCAUACAGACCAUUGUUACUGUUUGUACAAGACAUUGGGCAGGAUGAUCAGCUGCUUACUUAUGCAUGGAGGAUAGUUAACGACUCUUUGAGGACUGAUGUCAGCUUGCUAUUCCCACCAUAUCAGAUUGCAAUAGCUGCUCUACACAUAGCCUGUGUGAUGUUGGGGAAGGAAAAUCUGAAGCCUUGGUUUGCAGAACUUAAUGUAGACAUGGACAAGAUCCAAGAAAUUGUGAGAUCAAUAAUAAACCUGUAUGAAAUGUGGAAAAGUUAUGACGAAAAGAAGGAAAUACAACCUUUGUUAGUUAAAAUGCCUAAACCAAAGCCUGCACCCCAAAGAUAAUAGUGGAUAAUAUUUUUUAUUAUAAUAGUUUAGGUAGUAAUACCUUAGAUGACAGUGACUUCUCAUAGGACAGGUAGCAAGUAAGGGCUGGUGGAGGCAAUCAAAUGACAUGUUCUAAAACUGAUCUUGACAGGGAGUGAAUGUCCUUAACAACAUACUCAUAGCCUUGUAACAUAACAUAUUGUCUAUUUUGCUGGCAAAUAUAGUUUUAUGAUUAUUAGUAAAUAAUUUUAAAAAAUCAAAACACUUUAAAUAAACAAUAAUAUAAAUUAAAGAAGCUUUCAGAAGUUAAGGUAAAUAAUGGAUAGUUAUUAAUAAUUGUUCAAUUGAACUGGAGCUUCCAAUGUGUACAUCAAACUACUCAGUUUAGAUUCUAACGAUACCUGCUUGUAUUUAGAAAACAUUUUAUAUUUAAUGAAUAUUGUAACAAGUACAAUUAUUAGUAUUUCUUAAGUAUGUUUAACUAUAAUACAGAAACAAUGAAGUAGAAAUGUGUUCCUAUUGUUUAAUAACAGUAUUUGUAAAUUUGUAUCUGAAUACAUCAUUAAAUCUUGACAAUCAAUUUGAUAAUAAUAACAUACUUAAGACGA